GCUCUGUUCCUCAGUCACACGGUGGCACUGUGACAGGAAGCGAGCGGCCAGCUGCAGGAAAUUAGGUGCAGAAGAAGAAGAGCUGCUCCUCAGCGGCUACCUGCCGGGUCCACCUGUGUCCGUUUGAGCUGCUGUCUCACGUGAAGAUGUCGAAGGACCUGCGCGCACAGCUGGAGAAACAUCUGCAGACUUUACACAUCCAGACGAGAUGCGUGGAGCACCCGCCGGUGUUCACGGUGGAGGAGAUGAUGCCUCACCUGCAGGGCGUGAAUGGCGCCGUCACCAAGAACCUGUUCUUGAAAGACAAGAAGAAGAAGGGGCUGUGGCUGGUGUCGGCCCGCCAUGACCGCCAGGUGAACCUUAAUGACCUCGCCAAGAAGCUUGGUGUCGGGAGUGGAAAUCUGCGCUUCGCAGAUGAGGCAGCCAUGUUGGAAAAGCUGAAGGUGGGUCAGGGCUGUGCGACGGCGCUUGCUCUGCUCUUCGAUCAGGAUCGCAGCGUGAAGUUCGUCUUGGACCGGGACCUGGUGGAAGGAGGCCACGAGAUGGUCUACUUCCACCCGAUGACCAACGCUGCCACCAUGGGGCUCAGACCGGACGACCUGCUGCGCUUCCUCAAGGAAACGGGGCAUGAGCCAAUCCUGGAGUGCUUCGAGUAAAACGGACACCUGGUUUAAAAGCGACGCGAGAGCGGUCCUGGUCGGGCUGAGAGCAGGAUACGGCUGUCUGCCGCCGAGGAUCUUGAGAAGCUUCAUGCUAGGCUCUAAGUGUAAAAAGGAACAUUUUAAAAACGUGUUUGUGUGCAGCGAUGAGAAUCUGCAACCUGAACAAACUGUCAUGUUUAGCAAAGUCCCCAAAAUUAAGAUUUAUUCACUGAAAUUUGACCCUGGAUGUUAUUUAUUAUCCUGCAAAUGUAAAGCGAGAGAAUAAAAAGCUUUGUCAUCUCUG